AUAAUUUUAUGUUGUAUACAAUUUUGUUUUAUUUUUAUAAUUGGUUAUAUCCAAUUUUGGAGAAUCAUUGUGGAGUUAGAAUUCCGGUGCGGGAUUGGAGUCCUGAUGCGAUUAGGCAUUUUGACUGACAUAAACAAAGCGAUAACAAUAAAAGGAUAGAUAAGAUAGCAGUUGAGGAUGAGUUAGUUGGCACGCAGCGAAAGAAAAUUAUUUAUAUCCCUCUCUAUCCCAUUCCCAGCCCGCGUCGGUCGUCGCUCUCUCUGGUUUCUCCGUUGCGAUGGCUUCCACAAACAAGCGGGCCGGUGAGGAAUAUCCCAUCACCCUCCGCAAGCGCCGCCGGAUUGAGGAAGAGGAACCCGAAGCGUCGAUGGAGUCAGAAGAGCUGGAAUCCGGAUCCGGUGGUUUCCCUUCCGACAUGGUGAUUGCAAUUCUGUCUCGGGUGCCCGUGAAAGCUCUGUUUCGGUUCAAGUCGGUUUGCACGAAUUGGGACGCCGCGAUUCCAGGGAAUCCACGCCUCGUCUCGAUGCACCUCAAGAACUUCACCAAGGCCUCCCUCUUCUGCUCCUACUUGGAAGAUGACGGGUCCUCCUCGGGACGUCAUCCCCCGCGAUCGGUGUCGCUCUGCCCUGAAGACGACGGUGAUCAACCCCCGACGGACGAGAGAUUGCCAGCCGAGACAGUAAUCUGCGGCACGGGCAACGGUCUGUUUCUUCUCCGGGACAAUCACCAUCGGUCAGCCCCCCAUCCCGUCACUUACCAUCUGUGGAACCCAGCAACUCGAGAAACCCGACGGCUUCCCGACCCACCUCUGGCGCUUUUUCAACGGCAUUGCUCUGACUACGCCGGAAUCGGGCUCGAUUCGGACGCCGACGACGACAUCAAAGUCGUUCUGAUCCGCAAGUACCAUGACCUAGUUGCAGCUUUUGUGUAUUCGUUGCGCAGCAACCGUUGGAGGGAGUUAGAAGCAGCAGCAGGAGGAGGGUGGGCGUGGCAGCAACUGCAGAACCCCUGUUCCCCAACCCUAACUUGCCACACCUACUUCAAAGGCUCUUUCUACUGGCUAGUGAGGGACCUUGUCAAGGUCAUGAAUUAUUAUGUGCUGGCUUUUGAUAUGGGCAGCCACGUCUUCCGCCGGAUAGACUGCCCUUCCGGUGGUGAUGGUGUUGGUCCCGAGUUUCAUCUUGGACUGUAUGGUGACUCGCUUGCUCUGUUUAAGGGCCCGGUGUGGAGUUAUUCGAGGGUCGAUGUAUGGCUGCUCAGCGGCGGCGACGACUUGUGUUGGAUCAAGCAUCCCUGCUCCGGCCCUCUCCGUACACAAUCCAUUGUGGAAGGAGGCUGGAAGAGUGGUCAACUUAUUGCCCGAACGCAUGGUCCCGCCAGCGAGCGUAAACGUUUGAUUUUAUUGGAUAUUGGGAGACAAGAACAUAAGCUUCUCAUACCCAACUGCAGGCGGACAGUGCACUGGCAUGUUUACAAACAAAGUUUGCUCCCCAUCAAAUUAAGGGAUCGAUACCAACCAGAACCAGAACCAGAACCGGCCGAUGAUUUGGGUCCAUGAAUUGGUGGAUCGUUAGAUUGGUAUAUUCAUAAAUCAAAUAGAUUGGUGAAAUUAGCUUCAUGGACUACUUGAAUCAAAUGAAUUCAUGUAAUGUAUAAAAUGAACUGGUGGAUUGGAUCAUGGAUCCGAAUGACAUCUAAACAUUCUACUUAUAUGUAAUUUUUUUUAAAAAUUAGUUACGAUUGAGCAGUUCAAUUGGUUGGAGGUCAUAGACGAUGUACUACUAAACCACACUUGCGGUAGAUCAAGAAUUUGGGCAUGGAAGAGGGGUGGUGGUUUCAGUGAUUACAAGCAGAUGGGAAGAAAUUUAUAGGAUUGACUGAAGUGGGGCUGAGAUCAGGUGACUAAGGGGGUUCCCUUAGUCAUAUGGCUAAGUGAAUCUCAACCACUCAACCUCAUUAAAAUCUAAGGGCUCCUAUUAAUCAAAUUUAAUGAAGGGCAAUGUAGCCA